AUGGUUUCAGGCGGUUCAGCACCCAAGGGCGCUGCUAUUAGCGGACGAGCGCCUGCAAGCUCCGCCAAUCUGCUUCACCCCAACCCGCUAUCGUCAAACCCGCCAAAUUCCCCUCGCCCGUCUAGGCUUCCAUCCACCCUGCAGCAACAGGCCUCCUUUAUAGAGGCCGAAGCAGAGAAAGCCCAGAGCGCGGGCACUGACGAGAGUGAAGAGAAGGGCACAAGUAUCAAUGAAAAGGAGCCUGAAGCUCCAACAAGCCAGUUCAUCUGUGACCCGGCCGGCAAGCUAACCCACGAUGAGACGACCGUUGACAUCGUCACGGUGCCAUGUCCCGGUGCGGAUGCCCUGCGCAGCUGGAACCGGGACGGGCUGGUCAGCCGUUACUUUGGCGCGCCGUCUAUGAGGGACGCUGAAGUCGAAAGGCCAGAGUCCGGGCCGUCGUGGGUGAGGCAGGGCAUCAGAAGGGAGGCGGAUGUCGCCAGGAUCCUCUUGUAUAACCACCCAGACGUGGUCGAGGGCACGACGCUGGGAAGUCUGGCGGACGCUUUACUGGAGAAGUUGAGCGUGGAACGAAGAAAGAGCGGCGAGGCCUCGAAACAACGGCCGGUUAUAUUCAUCGCACACAGUAUUGGGGGCCUUGUGGUUAAGAUGGCUCUGGCCAAGGCGAACCGAGAUUCUAGAUAUGAAGAUGUCCUGCGUGACUGCUACGGGGUGGCCUUUUUCGGAACCCCUCAUCAAGGGUCCAGCUACUUUGCCAUGCAUGGGCUUGCGUCUAGUAUCCAGAGCCUGCUUCAGCUAUCAGUACCGCUGCCCACCUCCAUCACGGACGAGCUUCACGUUGGGAACCGCUUGCUGUUGCACGCAGAUGAGGAUUUUAAAUGUAUAGCACAUGAUAUGCAGGUGUGGACCAUGUACGAGACCAUCGAGUCAAGGCUGAGUGGAGGUGAGGGUGAUAGUUCGACUGUCUACUUCACAGCCCCCCUGGCUUCCAUCAAGUCAGCCAUCCUGGGGAUUCGACAGGAGCGCAUCUUCCCCUUGCAAAGCGACCAUGCAAAUGUAGCCUCAUUCGGGCGGCACAAUACACAUACCUUGCGGCUGUUUCUUCACCAGCUGGCCACGCUCAUCGACCAGGCAGACGAGAGCGUGCGCGAGGACGGCGAAGGGUCUCGGUGGACAUUGAACCUGGAGCAGCGUGUUAACGUCGAGGUUCAUGGGUUCUACGAGGACUCGGUAGUAACCAAGGAAGGGGACUCCGAGGCUAUUGUGCGAGCUUGGUCGACGAGGCUUCCUCUCAAGGAGUUCCUAAGAAAGGGGCCAGAGGAAUGUCUGACCGAACGACUGCACGAGGUCGAGGGUGUUCCCGAGGAGGGCAGGUUCCUCCGCACCAGGGGGAGGACCAUGUCGUUGACAGAGUUGGACAAACAGAGACUAAGGCAGGCCUUGAUAACGAAAGAGGGUCUCGGAAUCAAGAACCAGCUCAUUCAGCCGACAUCGCCGCCUUUGUCGCCUGUCCUAAGACCCGUUGACGCCCUUUCCAAGGAACCUCACUCCGUCUCACUCUACCCGACGUCAGGCCCGUACCAAGUCCGCCGCAUAUCGUCUCCAGCUUCAACACCUCCCAUCCCAACUCAUCUACUGUCGACCUCCUCGCAUCAACCACCAAUCCCCGUUCGGCUUCCACAAGUCCUCAUUCGCUCGGACAUUGACCAGGAUCUCGCUGUUGACCGGCUCUCGCCCUCGCCGCGGCAACGUUCAAUCACCUCUUUCGGGCGAUCUAUAAGUGACCAGUCGUCAAGGCAGGAAUACCGGGAUUUCCCACCCUUCUCUCCGCCCCGUAGCCGAAGAAGUACAGGGGAUAAGCAGCCUGUUGCCUUUUCUGAUGAUGACUCGAGCUUGGAAGCGUCGCCGCGAUUACCAGAAGCUGUGAUAAACCUACGCAAGGAUGCGAAGAACUCGGAUCGCAGAUCUAGUGAGACGGCGAUUGCAGAUGAGCAGACGCCUGUCGCGUUAUCGAGGCCGGAAAUCAGUGCACGCAAAUUCAUCUGGGUUCAUCUUCAGUACAACAACCCAACGUGGGUUAAAAAAAUACUCGAAACUUUGCAGAACUCGUAUAAAAAGGAUUAUUCACCCUUGUAUAACAACGACUUUUGGGCAACCAAGCACACAAGAGGCAGGCAUGCGCAGCACUAUGCUUAUUAUGCGAAGCCCGGGUGUUAUUUCAGUGCACCGAGAACUUUAUCGUUCAGAGGUCACUCAAUAUCCCCAACCAUGUCACCGUCUCUGGGCGAUGACGGCAUUUCGAUCUGCCUGUUUCUGCCAUACCUUCACUUUGAUUCUUAUAAACGUCUGAUUAGGCGUCGGCAACUGAUCAUUGAACGCCUGGGACGCGGCCGCGCCCAGCCAACACCCGAGGAUAUCGCCAAAGUAGACUCGCUUGAGCUGCAGGUUAUUUGGGAGUUCCUGGGACAUGACCCCCCAAUCAACUGUCGACGCACACUCGACCAGUACGGAUAUCCAUCCUUGAGAGACACCAGAGGAAGAGACGACGAUCAGAUGUUGUACAAACUCACAAAGGAGAGAGACUACAUGCAUGGAGAGGGUGGUGGCAACAUGUACGCUCACUCUUCAAGCAGCAGGCAAGGAUCCUACGGGAGCGGUAGGAGCUGGAGGGAAAGGACAGGAGGUCUUGGAAACGCCCCAGAAGAGCCCAGUGCUGAGAUUGAUGCGGAUAAGGUGCUAAACGGGAACGUUCUCAUGGUGGAUCAAAUGUGGCUCUGGGUUAUCCAGUCUCAUACUCUCCUCUCGUUCUUUCCAAAGAGAGAGAGUGAUCCGAUCGAGGGACCCCUCUUCCAACAAGCCGAUCUUCGCGAUAGCAUCUUCAACGAGGUCAAUGUUGAUGGAACACACCACUGCGAGAACGCCUUGGAUCUAGCUGCGCUUGCGGCUCUACACGCAGUUAGUGUUCUUUUGGAUCGAUCCUCUCAUCCCGAUCUAGAGAUCUUCCGCAUCUUCGAAGAGGCUAUCAGUGUUUUAACUGAGAAACUCACCUCCUCGCUCAAGGAGUUCCGUGUCGAAGGUUUCCGAGACAAAUCUUCUGAAUACGAGCCCGUCGAGAACGGCGAACGCACCAUUCGAGCCCGUCACAAGCAAGAGGGCCGCCGCGCAGAGCGCGAGAACCGCGACAACACCUCUGCCCUUCUGGAACUCCGCGACCUCCAGGAUGAGCUCCUCGUCCUCCUGAAUCUCUUCGAACGCCAGCACGCCGUCCUCACAUCCAUGCUUGCGGCGUACGCGAGCCCGCAGCUCCGCGACCGCAGCAUGAACGGCCGCGCGUACCUGGCCGAGGGCAUCCGCCGCGUGGGCGAGUACAAGCGCCGUGCCGAGGAGAUGGACGAGCGUGUGCGCAGCACGCGGGACGACUACGACAAGCUGCUGCAGAUGGUGCAGCGGCAGGCGCAGGUGGACGAGGUGCGGCUGAGCAGACUUCAUGCGGAUCUGGCGAGCGCGCAGAGCAGGAGUGUCAUGAUCUUCACCGUCUUCACCGUCAUCUUCCUGCCCUUGACGUUCUUUACGGGGCUCUUUGGUAUGAAUACCCAAGAGUGGGAUGCCGAACUUCCGACGAUAGGAUACAUCGGGGCCGUCGCACUUCCGACGAGUGUCGCUCUCAUUGUGGUCUCAUUUUCCCUGGCCUUCAGUACGCGGAUUCGUCGAGUGUUCAGGUGGGCUAGAGACAUCUUGCUGGAUGCGCUGCAUUUCCUAGCCAAGUAUUCCGUGUACCCAUUACUCGGAAUGGCCACGGAAAUGAUCCAGCGCAGGCGGGAAGAGCGUGAAAGCCAGCGCGAGAGCCAGGCGGCGGGAGACGAGAAGAAGCCCCGUGAUGGGAGGAGGGCCGGGCUGAAGAAGGAGGCAAGCGACUUUUGGGCAAGGCACCGCGGAGAACGGGACAGCGGGUACAAGAUCCCGGAAAUGAACAGAAAGGCAGUUGGGAGGAACAGAUCAAGCGCGAAGCCAAAGGAGAAGGCUCGCAACAACACCUCGGCAGAAACGAUCAACAUCAUGGCUAGUGGGGAGCCAAAGCUCCUCUGGAACUCGGAGAACGUGAAAGACGUUGCCGAGUCCGUUGGCAUCAGCUCCUUGAAUGAGGAGGCCCUCAAGACCCUUACCCAAGAUGUCGAAUACCGCAUCGGUCAAGUCAUUAUCGAAGCCCUGCGCCUGAUGCGCGCCGCUCGUCGCACAACCAUGACGGUCAAUGACGUCUCCCUCGCUCUCAGAACCCUCGACGCCGAGCCUCUCUAUGGGUACGACUCGACUCGCCCGCUGCGAUUCGGCGAGGCCAGCAUGGGACCUGGCCAGCCUUUGUUUUAUCUGGACGACGAAGAGGUGGAUUUCGAGAAGCUCAUCAAUGCGCCCUUGCCCAAGGUGCCGCGAGAUAUGAGUCUUACGGCUCACUGGCUCGCGAUUGAAGGCGUCCAGCCAUCCAUCCCCCAGAACCCAACCUCGGCCGAAUCGAGAUCACAGGAGCUUCUACCCAAGGGCCCUGGCACCAACCCAGCACUCUCAGCACUUGCAGGAAGCGACGACCCCUCUAUGAAGCCCUCGAUAAAGCACAUAGUGAGCAAGGAGUUGAUCCUAUACUUUGACAAGAUUCAGGCCGCAAUCCUCGACGAGAACCCGGAUGAGGAAGUGGUGCGCCUUCGACAGGCGGCAUUGGGCUCCGUCAGAGAUGACCCCGGGCUGCAUCAGCUCGUCCCGUACUUUAUAAAUUUCAUCAUGGAUCGAGUCACGCACAACCUCGACGACACCUUCACCCUGAAGCGGAUGAUGGAGCUCACCAACGCCCUGAUCGAGAACAAGACCUUGUUCCUGGACCCCUACGCCAGCCCUCUGUCGGCCCCUGUCCUCACAUGUCUCAUGGCGAGGAAGCUCGGCACCGACAAUGGCGAGGAUGGCCUCAAGGAGCAGUACGAGCUGCGACAGCUCGCCGCCUCGUUGGUCGGCCGCAUCGCCCACAAAUACUCAUCCUCCAACACACUACUACGGCCCAAGCUCACGAGAACCUGCCUCAAGUACUUCCUGGACCCGACGAAGCCCCCUGCCGUUCUCUUCGGUGCCGUCCAGGGCUUGCGCGAGGCGGGAGGCCCCGAGGCCAUCCGUGUCCUCGUACUGAGGAACCUCAAGCCGUUCGACGAGAACAUCCUACAACCACUCAAGACCAGGUUGGAGGGAUCAAUCGACUUCACCAUGCUUGUCCAGGGCUUGAUUCAAGCCGUAGCUUCGCUGGCCGACCACGAAGACCCGGGGAUUGUCCCCAUGGACGUGGAGGCAUCGGAGUCGGAGACCACGGAGCUGAAGGAAUGGAUCGGACCAAUCGUGGGCGAGAGGAUCGCAGCCUCCAAGAACCGGAAGCUGAUCACCACCGUGCUCGAGGCUCGAAACCUAGGUUAG